AUGCCUAUAGUCAAAUCUCUGGAACAAUAUUUCUUCGAAAGAAACUUACCGGUAACACUACCAGUGGAAACGCUCAAAAACUCUAGAUUGGGUAUUGAUGUCAACCACUACCUUUCUAGGCUGUUGGGAUCCAAAAGAGAACUGAACAUUGAUGCUAUUGGUGGGUUUCCAAACUCUUUGAAAACCUACAUUAGAUCCGAUGUCCAAUUGUUUAGGGAGUUAAAUAUUACACCAAUAUUUGUCUUCAGUGGUAAUGAUAUUGUGGAUCAAUACGACUUGAAAAACUCUAAGGAGAAUUCAUCAGCUGAAACUUUCAGAGAGAGAGCAUGGAACCAUUAUGGUUCUUACCAGUCUAAAAACCAAACCUCAAUUCCUUUCACCCCACAUGACACUUUUAGAGACUACAAUGCACCAUUUACAUUUGAAGCAAUUACUAGAGAUUUGAUUGACUAUUUUAAUGACUUGGGUCUUGAGUAUUUUGUCGCUCCAUACCUGUCCUGGGCUCAAUUAUCAUACUUCUAUGAAACUGAAUAUAUUGAUGCUAUCUAUGGUCCAACUGAAUGCGUACUCUUACCAAAUGUUGAUAAGUAUAUCUUUGCAUUCGAAUUUCCAGAAAAAGUAUUUCGUUUCGUUGAAAAACGCAGGCUUUUAAAUGAAUUUCAAAUCGGUCCUCAACAAUUACUGGAAAUCGCUGUAUCUGUUGGAUGUGACUUACAGCCUGUCACAUUGCCAAUUUAUAAUGGGUACCCACAACAACAAUUAUUCCAUAUUGGUCUCUCAAUUAUUAAUGGUGGUGGUAAUAUUUAUUCAAAUAUUUCAGCAUUAAACAAUGAAGAUGUCAAGACCAGAUUUCAGAAAGGUGUUUUAGCUCUACAAUACUUACCGGUAUUGAAACAAAAUGGAAGAGUUGAAUUAUCACAUUAUGAUGAACAUAUAGAACCUCCAAAUCCUGACACUCUACCACCAUCUGAUAUACAUGAUAUUAUUGGUCAAAGGUUACCUCAUGAAUACUUUUUUUAUGAAUCCUUAGGUUUAAUAAAUCCAAAGAUCUUGGAGUCUGUCGUUUAUGGUACUUAUUUUGAAAAUCAACCAAUAGAUGGGGGUAUUCCAUCUCAGUACAAAUCGUUGGUUAGCUCAACAGUCAAUGCGUUCAAAAACAAAGAACUCAAUUUGUUGACACAAUCUAUCAAUAGAUAUUAUCAAGUGAAGAAAAUUCAUUUUGUCAAAUAUUUCGAUAAAGAUGAUGUUGAACUUGACAACAAGAUGUAUCCACCAAUGUCAACUACUAUUGAUGGAAUUGUCAUCAAGUCUGAUACUGAAACAUUCAAUUUCUCUUCAUUUUUGAACUCGUUAGAAGAGGAUGAUUUACUUGGUAAAAAGAUCAUAGGUGAAUAUGGUGUUUCUCAAGAAGCUGACAGAUUGAAAACUGAUUAUGAAAUUAUAGCUACAUCUACUUUAAGAACUUUGAGCUUGUUAGGUUUAAUUGACUUUAAAAAUGGUAAACUAGUUCCAAACAAAUGGUCUAAAUCUUUAUUCGCCAUCAAAAAUUUUGAUCCGAUCCAUCAAGAAAAACUAUUGACAUUAUUGAUCUUCAUCAAAUUAAAUGCCUUCCAAAUUACAGAACCAUUUACACCAUCUUUGAUCGGUAAUUCAACAACCACAGAUCCGAAAAAUAGUCGAACAGUUCUAUUAUUUGCAAGAUUAGCUACAUUUCUCCAAGUGGAACAGAAACAAACACAAUAUAUAGGGCCUAUUUCCAGAAAUAUAUUAGCUUUCAGAUCGUCAAUUGAUUUAGUCAAAAAUAAUAUUAGAGAAUUGUUAGAAUGUGUAUUAGUCAACUCGUUAGCAAAUAAUGAAGUUUCAAAAUUGGAUAAAACAAAUUCACAAUGGAGGAAAUUAGUGUCUCAAAUUCCAUAUAAAGAAGGAACACCAAAUACUAUCUUGGGGAUUGUGUUCCAGGCAGUCUUUGAUAUCUAUUUUCAACAAGAUGGUGAUUUGGCAAGAGCCAAACUUGAAGUUUUCGAAGCGUUUAGAGGCCAACAUAACUCGAUUUCAAAUCUUGAAGAAGAUCUCUCUAAAGGCUUCAAAUUCAUUAAGCAAGCUUUCAAUUUGGUUGAAGUUUUGCAUGAAGAUAACUUAAUCAACUCUGAAGUCUUUGCAGAUUUUGAAAGAGUCAACAAAAUCACUGUUGAAGCUUUAAAAAAAUAA